AUGAAUAUAAAUAUGAAAUAUUCACGUGUCGAAUUGAAUGAUUUGCCGGAUGAAAUUCUUCUAAUUAUUUUUAAAAAACUGGACAAUCUUGAAAUACUUUAUUCUUUUCAAGGAGUCAAUGAACGAUUGAAUAACAUUAUGCAUGAUCCAAUAUUUACAAGUCGUUUAAGCUUUCCUAAAUUAUCAUUCAAGAAAUAUAUCAAGAAAUUUUCUUCUGAUAUAAUACUUAAUCGAUUUUGUUCACAAAUUUUACCUACAAUUCGUACAAAAAUCACAUGGCUGGAUCUUGAAUCUGAAUCUAUGAGAAAUAUUUUAGAUGCAGCUGAUUAUCCUAAUUUAUAUGCACUCGGCCUAUAUAAUGUCGAAGAUGAGACAGCUAAAUGUCUUUUUACCGAUGAAAGACUUUUAGCUUCUAUUUUCAAAAAUCAAAUUACAACACUUAUUAUUUCAAUUGAUCCAGAUAAAAACGAACGGUCGACAAUGAACAACAUAUGCAAUCAUGUCUUUACUGUGUUUAUCAAUUUGACUCAUUUAACAUUUUACGAUGCCGCACAUCAAAAUAAUGCUCGAUUAUCAUUUGAUGUUCCAUUUCCUACUUUUUCGUCUUCAUCUCUUCUGGUAUUGAAAAUCAAGGUUCAAACUUUUGAUGUGUCUCUUUAUAUUCUCGAUGGUCGUUUCGAACAACUUCAUACACUCGAUAUUGAAUUGGCUAGCAUAUUAUCUCCAUCGGAAAUUGAAAAUCAAAGAAAAAUUCCAAAUCUGAAGUAUUUUGUUUUGUGUUGUAUGUUGCGAACAUGGUAUUAUGAUGAAUUAAUUCUUCCACUUAUUUAUCGAAUGUCAAAUUUAGAAGAACUUGGCUUGUCUUUCACUACCACUGUCAAGGAAACAUUCAUUGAUGGAAACAAUUUGAAGCAAAAUAUUCUGAAUCAUUUGUCACAAUUAAAACACUUUACAUUUGAUAUUCGUUCGGUUAUGUUUAUUAAAAAUCAAAUGAAUUUACCAUCGAAAGAAGACAUUCAAGAAACAUUCAUCGAUUUGCAAUAUACUAAGAUAAUAUCUUGUGUUGAUUACUUUCGAGACUAUCGACAGGGUCUAUGUCAUAUUUAUUCAUAUCCAUUUUUAAUGGGACGUUUCGAAGAUAUAACAAAUAAUUUUGCAGGUGGAUUAUAUCCAUAUGUUCGUGUUGUAUCAUUAUAUGAUGAACACCCUUUUGAACAUGAAUUUUUUAUUCGAAUAUCUCAAUCAUUUCCAUGUAUGGAAAAAUUAAUUAUCAAUAAUCGUUAUGGACAAAAUCAGAAAGAAUCUUACAAAUUAAUGAAUGAUAAGUCGAAUUUAUCAAUUGCUAAAUAUUAUAAUCUUAUCGAUCUUCAUAUAGAUCGAGCUCAUGAUGAUUAUAUUGACGAAUUUCUAUGUAAUGCGAAAACAUAUUUCCAAAAUAAUAUUCUUCUUGAUAUCGAUUAUAAAGUAUUGCAAAGAGUCACACAUGAUUUUACAAGAGAUGAUACACGAAUUAAUUGUACCAAAGUAAAUGAACUGUCUUUAUCCGAAAACGUUAAAGAUUCGAAAUCUGUACAAGAUUAUUUUCCUUUUGCAAUAAUAGAUUGA